GUAAAUACAACAUACAUGUAGUUACGGUUGGAGCUGACCGGAAGUCCCGUCUCAUCAGUUCUAUCUUGAUGGAGUGAAUUAAUAAAAGUGGUGGUACGAUCAUCAUGGAUUCUGUUUCUUCGCGAUUUUUCCUCUUCAAGACAGUAGCAAGUGUCAUGUUCUCUAAUAUCGGCGUCUUCCUGUUGAUUCCAUCCUUAAUAGCUUUCUCAACAAAGUUUCCUGCCGCUUUUGACAACAAAGAAACCGAUUGUUCCAUAAAAGUAGCCUUUUCUUGCAUGGUCAUAUCCACUUGUAUCGAAACUUUGCUCUGGUGUUGGACCAUAUUGGUAAUAGUCGUUGCUGUGGAAACUGAUGGAUUCUGCAAUCUAAAAUGUUACCAUGUUGAAGUUCUGCUACAUUUCAUAUCUUUUGGAUGUACCGGGGUUGGAGUGUCAAUAUUUGCUUUAAGGCAUAAUAGGGAAGUCUGGUAUUGGAUAUUUGCCGUUGGAGGUGGCGCAUGCGCUGGAGCAAAUGCUUUCAUUGGCUGUUGUUGUCAAAAUGUAAAGCGAAGAGUUGAGGAUUACAUUGGAGAUAUGCAAGGUGUUGGAGAUGGCAUUGGAAAUCCAAAACUCCACGUCUAAAUGAAAUCAGACGUUAUUUUUCAUCAUGCUAAAUACCUUAAUUAACACAAUACUUGAAUACAGCUGUAAAUAUCCCGUAAUGAAUAACUGAAUUUUAAUUUAUCUUAUUCCAUAUUAUCUAUAUCUAUUUAGUUCGGUUUACUUGUUGAUAAGGGGUUUUCGUUGGUGGGGAUUGUCUUUGCUGUGCGAAUUUGUUGUGCACGCUUUGAUAUAUUGUUAUUAAACAUGCUACAUGUAUUUUGCUUAUAGUCAACAACUACAGAUCCAAUUCGAAUAGAGAAUAUUGUAUCACACCCCAUAUUAACCCGAGACUCCAUACUAUAUCACAUCCCAUAUUAACCCGAGACUCCAUACUAUAUCACAUCCCAUAUUAACCCGAGACUCCAUACUGUAUCACAUCCCAUAUUAACCCGAGGCUCCAUACUGUAUCACAUCCCAUAUUAACCCGAGACUCCAUACUGUAUCAUAUCCCAUAUUAACCCGAGACUCCAUACUAUAUCACACCCCAUAUUAACCCGAGACUCCAUACUGUAUCAUAUCCCAUAUUAACCCGAGACUCCAUACUGUAUCAUAUCCCAUAUUAACCCGAGACUCCAUACUAUAUCACACCCCAUAUUAACCCGAGACUCCAUACUGUAUCAUAUCCCAUAUUAACCCAAGACUCCAUACUGUAUCACAUCCCAUAUUAACCCGAGACUCCAUACUGUAUCACAUCCCAUAUUAACCCGAGGCUCCAUACUGUAUCAUAUCCCAUAUUAACCCGAGACUCCAAUAUCAGCCCGAGACCCGUGGGCCCAAGGACGGAUAUUAGUCGAGGGUUGAUAUGGGAUGUGAAACAGAUUUUGCCUUGCAUUGUUACAUGUAUAUUUGUCAAAUGCUAAAAAAAUUUUUUUUACCUAAAUUCACACACAUGCACACAUCUAUCUAUCUAUCUAUCUAUCUAUCUAUCUAUCUAUCUAUCUAUCUAUCUAUCUAAUGCUUCCUUUGUUGAUUUAUUGAGUGAUAAAGGUAGCAAGAAUUGCCCAAAAAAUCAUAACCGGGUUCGCUUGUUUUGCAAUGAUUGCUACCUUCAUCACCCGAUAUAAGGCAUUGUAUUGUCUAUACUUAUAUUCUUACGUAUUUUGAAAAUAUAUAUAAACUAGAUUUAAGUCGUA